AUGGCAUUUCUCAGGAGGCUCUUUUCAUCGGCGAGCCCAGUGGUGGAGAAUGCUGACAAGCUCAUCCAGAGCCACGGGUGUGUCGUUUUCUCGAAAAGCACCUGUCCUUUCUGUGACAUGGCGAAGAGCGUUUUGCUCAAUGAGCUGAAAGCCAAGUGCCACGUGAUGGAGAUGGAUAAAGAACUGAAGCCAGAUGACAUGUCCACAUUGCAGGACCACUUCCUGCAGACGACAGGGGCACGCUCUGUGCCGCGGGUCUUCAUCAGCGCCAAGUGCAUAGGCGGUGGCUCGGAUGUGGCAGCCUUGCAUGGCAAGGGGGAGCUGAAGGCCAUGCUGGAGAAGGCUGGAGCCAUCGAGUGA